AUGGGCCAGAGGCUGGGCACGGCGCUGCUGCUCCUCACGCUGGGGUAUUUGGUCAGGUCGCUGGCUUCAGAAACUAAAUGUGAAAACAUUUACCAAGGCUUCUCUGACUGCGUCUUAAAACUGGGGGAAAACAUGGCCAGCUACGAGGAGGACGACAGGGAUGAGGUGCAGGGGCUGCACACUGUUUGCGGGUAUUGGGAUGAAUUUCACAUGUGCGCCAUGACUGCUCUUUGGGAGUGCCAGAAGGAGGCAGCAAGUAUCUGGGAGACUUUGAAAAAGGAAUCUAGAAAAAUCAAAUUCCAAGGCAGCUUGUUUGAUCUCUGCAGUCCCAACAGCUCCCAGAGCUUCAGCUUGACAAAUGUUUCAAAUGUUGUUGUCUUAAGCCUCUCUCUGAUGGUCACUUGGCUUAAUUUGUAA